GCAUCUCUUAUCAGUUUCUCUUCCCUGAGGACAGCGGAACAGCAUUCUCUGUCGGAAAGCUGCGAGUGUUAUUUCCCUUUUUUUUAGUUUAGAUAUUUGCACUGGGGAGAUGAAGGUGGUUGGGUUAGUUAGUGGCGGCAAAGACAGCUGCUAUGCUAUGAUGAAAUGUAUCCAAUAUGGCCACGAGAUCGUUGCGUUGGCAAAUUUAAUGCCUCUCGAUGAAUCAGUCGAUGAGUUGGAUAGCUACAUGUACCAAACUGUUGGACAUCAAAUAGUGGUUAGCUAUGCUGAAUGCCUGGGCGUACCAUUGUUCCGAAGGCGAAUAAAAGGAUCUACAAGGUAUCAGAACCUUAGCUACAAAAUUACCCCAGGUGAUGAAGUUGAAGAUAUGCUUAUUUUGCUGAAAGAAGUAAAACAGCAAAUACCUUCCAUUACAGCUGUGUCUUCAGGUGCUAUUGCUUCUGACUAUCAAAGGUUACGGGUGGAAAGUAUUUGUUCAAGGUUAGGGCUUGUUUCUCUGGCAUAUUUAUGGAAACAAGAUCAAUCUUUGCUCCUUCAAGAAAUGAUAACAACGGGAAUUGCAGCUAUCACUGUAAAGGUUGCAGCCAUGGGAUUGGACCCUGCAAAGCACUUGGGUAAGGAGAUCUCCAACUUGCACCCUCAUCUGCUGCGAUUGAAAGAGUUGUAUGGAAUAAAUGUAUGUGGUGAAGGUGGGGAAUAUGAAACGCUUACACUUGACUGCCCUCUUUUUAAGAAUGCCCGAAUUGUCCUUGAUGAAUUUCAAAUUGUACUGCACUCUUUGGACUCGAUAGCUCCUGUAGGGGUCCUUCAUCCCUCAGCUUAUCAUUUGGAAUAUAAAAUGGAGUGCACUUCUUUCAGCGACUGUAAGGGAAGGAGUAAUACCUGCUUGGAGAAAAUGGGUUCUGUAUGUGAAGUUGAAGGAGACUGUGUCCCUGAAUGCGAAGCAAAGUCCCUGUCUACAGAUUUAGUAAUUGAGUUUAGUGAAAUUGCUGAGGUUAAGCUUCACAUUUCAAAAAGUAAAAGAGGCGAUACAUUUUCUAUUGGUUGUUGGAUAGAAGGUUCUUCCAGAAGUGCUGAAGGUUUGCAAAAGGAUCUGACUGCUGUUCUUAAGAGAAUUGAAUCACAACUUGCAGAAAAUGGUUUUGGUUGGGUGAAUGUUCUCUAUAUUCACCUCUACAUUGCCAAUAUGAAUGAAUUUUCUCUUGCAAAUGAAACAUAUGUGAGGUUUAUUACAGAGGAAAAGUGCCACCUGGGUGUGCCAUCUCGCAGUACUAUUGAACUGCCCUUGACUGAAGUGGGUCUAGGGACAGCGUACAUUGAAGUAUUAGUGGCAAAUGACCUCGGGAAAAAAGUUUUGCAUGUACAGAGUAUUUCAAGCUGGGCGCCUAGUUGCAUUGGACCAUACAGUCAGGCAACCUUGCAUAAUGAAAUACUUUACAUGGCUGGGCAGUUGGGACUUGACCCUUCCACAAUGACACUCUGCAGUGGAGGCCCUACUGCAGAACUGGAACAAUCACUAAACAAUUGUGAAGCAGUGGCCAAGUGUUUCAACUGUUCUAUAGCUUAUUCUGCAAUUGUCCUUAUUAUUUACUGCUCAGCAUCCAUCACUUCUGAUCAGAGAAUCAAGAUUCAAGAAGGGCUGGAAACUUUCCUUAGAGAAAGAAAACUAGAUGAGUUAGAUAAUGGGUGUGUGUCUAAGGUGUCAAAUUCAAUUAUUCUAUACAUUCUUGUUCCUGACCUGCCAAAAAGGGCACUUGCGGAAAUAAAACCUGUCCUUUAUGCUCCAGAAGAUAAGGAAACCCUGCCACAAACUGAUGUGCAAGACCCAUCUUGCUUCACAUUGCCUAAUUACUGGGGCUUUCAGCACUCAUGCUGGCAUGAUUCUUGCUACAGGAAAUGUGUUAUUCAUGGAAAAAUGUGUGCAAUUAUCCUAUGCAUUACAAAUGAACUUGCAACAAAGAUUUGUUCCGAAUCUCUUGACUGUGAUAUGAACCAAGGAGACUGCCAGUAUUCAGUCAAAGAGAAAGAUAUGCAAAGGAUAACAAGGUUUUGUGUUUAUCUUCUUGAUAAAUUAUUUCUGGGGGAUGUUUUCUCUUGGGGAGACAUUACGACCAUGAGGUUUUACUUCCCAACAAGCCUUUGUAUGUCUGCGGAUAUGUUGUCCCUGAUAAUCACAGAUGCCUUCACUGAAUUUGCCAAGAUGAGUCAGAGAAUCAAGGUGGGUAAUGAGCCCAUCUUCAAUGUUGUUCCUGUCUUGGGUGCUGGUCAAUCUGCCACAUCCAUGGACGAUGUAAUCACUUGUGAACUAUUUGCCACGAGACUCUGAACUUAUUGUUUCAUUGAGUGGAGAUGGUUUGUGAUCUGAUCUCUGGUGUAAUUUGCUAUUACGGUCAGGUUUUCUUGUUUCGAGAUAUUGUUACCUUGUACUC